AUCAACAAUACAAUAAUUCAAUAAAAAAAUUAUAUAUCACCAAAUCCAAUCGAUUUAAUCUAAUCAUUUUUUAUAUAGAUUUGAUAAAUAAUUAUAUAUAUAGUAUUUUUUUAUUGUUAGAAUUAAAAAAAUUAUAAGGAUAUUUCUUAUAAAUAACAUUCAUGUAAUUGUAUUAAUAUUCAAUUUUUGAAAGUGGAUACUUCAUUAUUUACAAUUAUAAUUUCAAUCCAUCAUUUUUCAUAUUAAAUCUAUUAAGUUUGAUGAUUUUUAUAUAUUCUUUAAUAUAAAGCAAUUCUUUAAAAUUUCUAUUAAUAAAUUAUUCAGAUUUUAUUACUAUCUAGAUUAUACUAUAUUAAAAAUACUUGUAUAUAUAUACAUAUAUAAUAAUAAUCAAAAAGUAUAUGAUUUCACGUAAUUUAAAAUUCUCUCAAUUUCCUUAUAUAUUACUAUAAAUUCGGUUANGCUACUCAUCAUCAACCAAAUAGACCAGAUUUAAUGACUAAAGUUGAU